UCUUUACUAUCCCUUUUCAACAUGGCGGUGAAUCUUACUGAAUUGUCUCUUCCACAACUAGAAGGUUUAAAAGCUCAGCUUGAGCAGGAGACUGAGUUUCUGUCUUCAUCCAUAGCUCAGUUGAAAGUUGUCCAGACAAAGUAUGUCGAAGCCAAGGACAGUCUUAAUGUCCUCAAAAAAAGUAAUGAAGGUAAAGAUUUACUUGUCCCUCUUACCAGUUCUAUGUAUGUUCCUGGAACUCUGCAUGAUGUAGAACAUGUGUUGGUAGACGUGGGAACAGGUUACUUUGUAGAGAAGAAUGUAGAAGACAGUAAAGAGUUCUUUAAGCGAAAGAUCGACUUCCUCACGAAACAGAUUGAGAAGAUUCAGCCUGCUCUUCAAGAAAAACAUGCCAUGAAGCAAGCUGUGAUAGAAGUCAUGAACAUGAAGCUCCAGCAGUUGCACAGUCAACAGACCUCGCAGUCAGGCACCACGAAGGCUUGAAGCAAUCCACCACACUCAAGCGUGUGUGCACAUAUGCAUGCACUGACAUGGACACACACACACACAUAAAUCAAGGCAACUCAGUUGUCUCACAGUUCUGACAGUAAUCUUACUGAUAUAGCAUUGCCCUUUCGUCUUUAUUACUGAAUAGCUCAGUAAUUUGGCAAAUAAACUCUUGUCUUGUUACCUACA